GUUUCAGCACGGGGAUUACACAGUGGAAGUGAGCAUCAACGACUACCUGGACAUCUACUGCCCGCACUACGAGGAGCCGCUGCCCGAGCGGAUGGAGCGCUACAUCCUCUACAUGGUCAACUACGAGGGGCACGCGACCUGCGACCGUCAGAGGGGCUUCAAGCGCUGGGAGUGCAACCGGCCUGACUCCCCCAACGGGCCCCUCAAGUUUUCGGAGAAGUUCCAGCUCUUCACCCCCUUCUCACUGGGCUUCGAGUUCAGACCCGGCCACGAGUACUACUACAUCUCUGCGUCCCCCCCGAACACAGUGGACAGGUCCUGCCUGAAGCUGAAGGUUUAUGUUCGGCCAACAAACGAUUCCCUGUACGAGUCCCCGGAGCCCAUUUUCACCAGCAACAACUCCUGCUGCAGCCUCAGGGUGCCGCGCGCCGUGCUCGUGGUGGUGCCGGUCGUCUGGACGCUCCUGGCCUCGUAG